AUGCUGCAGGACCAGGUCUACUACUUGGUGUGGGAUUCGAAUGCCUUCCCUGGCCCGAUCGAUAGCCCGUUGACCGCAGCGGUGUCCACGAUCCUCCCCGCUACAGCCUCUCCAGCGCAGGCCAAAUCGGUAUCUACACCGACAACUAUACCCACGCCCACUGCUUCGGCCAAGUCAGGCUCACUGUCCAUGGGAGCAAAGGCCGGCAUCGGUAUCGGAACAGCUGCUGGCGUGCUGGGUCUGAUAGGUCUGGCUCGACUCUUGGCACUUGGUCGGAAACGUCGAAGAUUAUCCGAGCGACCGAUGGACGUCAGCAACGAUGACAACGUGGAAGUUCAGCAGGGGGGUCAAGCUGGCCAGGAUGACAAGAAGUCGGCGUCAUAUUUUGGCAUGCUGGAGAAGAGCCAAGCUGCCGAGCUGAACACUGAGCGUCCGAUGGGAGAGUUGCGAGGUUGA